AUGGAGAUGCAAGCGGGUUCGAACGUCAUCACCAUCGUAGCAGAUACUCCGUUCUCGUUGCCCGCUGGUUUGAAGUGCCUGCAUCUUGUGUUUGGGAAUGAGUCCAGCUCGACUACAUUUCUGAAAGAUGGCACCCUUUUAGACACGUACGCAGACCCGUUAAGAGAUCUGGCGUGGAAGCUCGAAAGCAUUGUUGGGGAGAAUUGCGCUGCGGUAGCUGCUUCAGAGAACCGCAUCCUUGUCGUAGUGGAGGCUACACGGAAGAAGGCAGUAAAGAAGAUGCUGAAGAAAGUCAAGAAGAAGUUACAAGUGUCCUUUGACAAGUCCGCUGACUCGGCUGUCGACGAAGGCAGGCUGCUCGAAGUUGCCGUUGAAUCAGUUCUGAGGAGAGGACUGCGAAAACAGGGCUGGAUGCCUUUCGGCAGGCUUCUUGUUCGUAGCAACUUGACAGCGGGUGUUGAGCGUUCUGUUGUGGACACGGUCGAGCUGGACGUCCGUUUGGAGCCGAAAUCCAAGAUCGACCUCGUGUUGAGCUUUGGAGCAGCCCGCUUUCGUCAAUUCAAGUACCUCGAAGCGCUGCCAGAAAGCCUGCGCCCCAAGUUUCAUGAAGGGGAGAACGUCAACCUAAUGGACUGGAUCUACGCUCACAGCGAAGACAGCCUGAGCAACUUCGAGUGUCGAGUGCUUCCCACGCUUGAGCCUGGGUAUUUGGUCGCAGCAUGCUCCUCUCCUCCAGCAGGGGUAUCCACGGAGUAUCUUCGGACGCUGUGGCUCGAGAAGUACGGUAUCAAACUCACGAAAGAGUUUGCUUUCCUGCGAGUGCGCUUCUCCUUCCAGCCAGAAAGCAAAGCUGUACUCUUUCCCAGCUGUUGCGUUCUGACCUCUGGGGGUUUGGUUCCUGCUGCUCCUUCGAUACAGAACACAAGGAUGGAGCCUGCCCUUUUGCAGUUCCUCAAAGACGUUGAAGCCUGCACGUUCUUUGGAGCGGCUCCUUUGAGAGUGAAGCGCCGCGAAGGUUCAGGUCAGUCCGCGAAGCCAAAACUCUUGGGCCACGCACCUGUCUGGGCCGCGGUUAAAGAAGGUUCCGAGGAGGCGGGGAAGGGCGGGCCUUUGAAGUGCCCACCCUCAAAUCUCGUCGAGCUUCAGACGCUGCCUGUUAUCCGGCAUGAAAAGCCGGUCGUAAUUAGCCGUGCUGGUAACGGAACAGAUGAAGAAGCCCCUGCCAAGGUUCGCAGCACGAGCAUGGAGAAGGCUUCCGUGCAACCAGCGCAGCGACCAGCAGAUCGGCCACUGAUCGUCCCGAGCUUCAAGAAGCGAAGCGGAACUUUUUUUGUGCCACAAGUAGGCCAACGAACUACCGACUUACCUCGCACCGCCGCCGCACCUGCGCCCCCUCCCAUCCGAGUCAGCAAGCCGUCCGGAAACGCAGUUCAGAACGGCGGCAAGCUCAUGGCUCCUUCUUUUGGGAGCCGACCGAAGGGCCCCGGCGGAGCCAAAGCUCCCGACACGAAGGCCUCCGGUACCAAGGUACCUAAGGCAAAGACCGCGGCUCCAAAAAGCGUGGGCUCCAAGGGCCCGUCAGGGAACGAAGACCUGCAGAACAAGGGCUCCACUGACGUCACGACCAAGCGAAAGAAAGCCGAGGCCGGGGACGAAGGGAGCGGGAAGAAGAAGCAAAAGACGGUAAGCAUAUCUGGCGAGAAGCAGUCUGAUGGUAAAGCGCACGAAGGCGCCGCUGAGAAGGCCCCCCGGAAGAGGACAACUGCCGCGGAUCUAGAUGUCAACGAAGUCGACGCUCUGGUACGCGCGAAGUAUGCGGAUCAGAAGCUCAAGGAUCUCAGCGUACCUCAAAUGAAGAACUUCCUGAGCCAGCACAAGCAGAGAGUUGGGGGCAAGAAAGAAGAGCUGGUCGAAAGGAUCACAGGCUUUUUGCAAGGAUAG